UGGCUCACAAUAUAAACAGCAAAGCUGUGUUGUAACGAAACAUUGAGUUGCUGCGAAUAAUAUCUGGAGAUUUUGAGUGCAUUGAUGCGCAGAUAAAGUAAAAUUUGUGAUUAAUUAGCAAGUGUUAUCCUUAAACUGUACGGCAUGGCGGCAGGAAUAAAAUACAUCUUCCAAAAGGAGCUGUUUGACGCUCUAGACGAGCGAAUAUUGUCCGUAUGCAAUGUUAGCAAAUUGCACAAAAGAAAAAAGACGUCAUACUUAUGUAUUAUUUCUACGGUAAAGCCGAAUAUCGUAGUCAGCGUUUGUCAGAUCAAGCAAUACGAUAAAGGCGUGUACAAGAAAAAACGAUCCUGGUCACUGCAGGAGAUAAAGUGCAUCGAUGGGCGUAACGAAGCCGUAGACACGCAUGAUUUCGACUUGAUCAUAGAUAAGCCAUUCCGAUGGUUUGCAGCUAAUCUACACGAGAGACAAAAUUUUAUCUCUGUCUUGUGGAAACAAAUCCAUAAGCAUUGCACCGCAGCGGAACGGGCCGUGUUCAAAAAUAUUCCAAAGCAGUGGCUUUCGGAAAAUUCGCCAGAAAAACAAAUUGAUGAUAAGUACACCAAUCGAGGCAAUGCAGGUCAAUGUGACGAAGAAGAGGAAUUGGAAGAGUUCGAAAAUGAAGAUUUUCAAGCUCUUACCGAAAAAGAAGAAUCGCAUCUUAGCAAACUUAUUGCAGAAUGCGACUAUGCGAUAAGUAAUGCAGAACUGUUUAUGGAUGAUUUGAGUCACAAUCUUUUACAACUGGACGGUGCCAACAUUCAAAGCGUUCUGGCAUCCGAAAAGCAAGUGCAAAUGCUUAUGGAACGGAUUGAGGAGGCCAUCAAGGAAGCUGAGAAGGUUGAAAGCAGGCUCGAUGACUACGAUGAGAUUCUCUGCCACGUACGCGAUACGAUGGAAAAGAUGGGAGAGAAGAAUCAAAUGAUUGAGAUUGCAAAUACCAACAACGUAAGACUGUUGCAAGAACUUGAAAAGGUAGUAACGCAGCUAGAUUUGCCACAUGUUCAUCAGCUUGCUCUCACAGAUACCGAUCUGACACCGAAAGGUUUGCCAGCGGCAAUUGCGGCAGGUAAAGCGCUGCAAUUGGCGAUGAACAGCGACAUCGAUCCUGCCCUUUUGCGGCUCACGGCGGUUCAGGAUCAGCGAAAGCGGUUUGAAAAAUGGAAAGCGAAAUUCUCGCAAACAAUAAGCCGCCACUUGAACAAUCUAUUCAUACACCUCGGAAAUCUAGGUGAUUCACAAACUUCGGGUUCAAACGAUUUGUCCCUGCCGAAGCACCAUAACGUGCAUAAGGAGUUGUCUGUUUUUAUAGAGCUUAUGCACUGGAUGAAAUCUAUGGAUCGUAAGGCUUACGAAGCCCUCAUUAAGGUUUACACUACUUCACUCAGCAAGGUUUACGACCGGGACAUUCAUUUAUUUUUUGAAUGUGCAAAACAAGCACUAAACUUCAAGCAAUUCAAUUCGAGAGAGGACAUCAAUAACAGCUCCAUGAGCAACAAGCUAAAGCUUGGUCCACAAUCAAAUAAACAACCCGCCCAGCCGUACGGUAUUUUGGGCAUAAACAAAGAAGUGUGGUCCCCAGGAGCCGAACCAUCGGAACGGCAACGCUUUGACUCUAUUUUGGAAAAAGUGCUCGCCGAACUGGAACCGGUGGCGUUGAACGAACAACAUUUCUGCAUUGCUUUCUUUCAACUGGACAUUAUUAGUCCUACUGGAAAGAAUACGCAAACGACGUUAGAUGCGGCCAGCAACGAGGCAGAGAACCAAAAGGACGAACGUGACACUGCGCUGCAUAUUCCGCAGCGAAGGAUUGAUCGUCAAAUAAACGAGGAAGUACGCAGGAUGAUGGGAGAACUGUUUGCAAAUCUUGAGUCAGAAAUUAACAACUUUAUACUCAGUUUCGAAAAGCUGGAUAACUACUAUUCCUUAUACGUACUGGUGCGCCUUACCCAACAUGUUAUGUCGGCUCAAGAUGCACAAUCAUUCCUGAGCAUGACAUUUGCUUCAGCUCUUAUACACGUCAAGCGAAGCUUUGAUAAAUUUAUGCAGAUACAGCUGCAAUCAAUUGAGGAAGCCAAACUCCCGAAGCGAUCUAAGUGUGGUCUUCUGCCGUAUGUGGAAAAUUUUGAAGAGUUUGCAGUAACUGCCGAAAAAAUUUUCAAAAAAACUGAACGACGCAACGAUCUGGACAAAUGGUACCUCAAAUUGGUUGAAGCCAUUUUUGAACGCAUUCCUGUACAUGCCGCGGAACAUUCAAAGACACCACAUCAAGUAGUUAAAAUGGAAAACUAUCAUCGUAUGCACUCUACAUUGUCCCAACUGAAAAUUCCGGUACUAGAACUGCAAAGAAAGGAAGCGAAGACACGUUAUAAUGAUGCUCAGAAAGCAUAUGUUACAAAAUAUUUCGGACGGCCAUUGGAGAGAUUAAACCAAUUUUUCGAAGGAAUUCAAGUACGAGUGCAACAAGGCGUCAAAGACACGGAAAUUAGUUACCAAAUGGCAUACUCAAAGCAGGAGCUCCGUAAAGUAAUAAGCCUUUAUCCAGCUCGUGAAGUGAAGAAAGGGCUUGAGCAACUUUAUAAGAAAGUGGAAAAACAUCUUUGUGAAGAAGAAAAUUUGCUUCAGGUAGUCUGGCGUGCUAUGCAACAGGAAUUCAUAAACCAAUACAAUUCAUUAGAGCAAUGGAUACAACGUUGUUACGCCGGUUCAAUGAUAACCCUAGAAUUUACGAUAAACGAUCUUUUGGUAUUUUUUUCCGAGAUCGCUCAGUCACAUUAGCCUUCUGUUGGGGUUGUUCACUACUCAACAGCAAACUUUAUUUAAAAUAGGUACAGUUAUAUACGUGUGGUUGAACUUAAUAAACUGGACCAUCGUCCAAAUUAUCGUCUUCA